AUGAUGAUUACCUUCAAGUCUGGUCUUUGCUUCGACACAAGCAACUUCUUCAAGAAUCCCAUGAUCAUAUCCGAGAGAAUAGUUCUUUCGUGCGCCUCGUCGAUAAUGAUGGUAGAAUACCGGUUGAGAUUACCAUCAAGCAUGAUCUCUCUCAAUAACAUUCCGUCUGUGAGACACCAAUCGUCGGCCCCCGACAUUGAUACCUCAAAACAAAACGCUCCCGAAACAGUCACUAUCAUCCCCGACCUUGCGACCUUGACAAGAGCUGACUCGUAUGAACCCGAUUUCAACUCUUCAUUAAUUGGGCAUUUGCAGUCCAGGUUUCUCGUCGAGUCCAUAACAAGUGACGACCUUUUUGACAUGACUAGUUCCGGUGCCCAACAAAAGUUCAAAUUGUACUGUGGAGCAGAUCCUACUGCCAAGUCGUUGCACCUAGGAAACCUUCUACCAUUAAUGGUGUUGUUGCAUUUCCACUUGAGGGGCCAUGACGUGGUAACACUUGUUGGCGGUGCCACCGGUGCCGUGGGAGAUCCCAGCGGAAGAGAUUCGGAAAGAGCCCAGAUGGAAGUUGCUGAAAGAGAAGCCAAUGUGAACAACAUUCUGAGCCAGAUGGAAACGUUCAUCAAGCGUGGAGUACAGUACGCCCGCUCGAGAAACUUCCCUAUAAUAAAGACAGGACAGGCUGAGAGCUUGAACAACUUGAGCUGGUGGAGCUCGAUCAAGCUAUUGGAUUUCUUGGGUACCUACGGAAGGCAUGUGAGAGUUUCAGCCAUGUUGGGAAGAGACUCGAUUCAGUCGAGAUUACUGUCGCAGAGCGGGUUGGGCUUCAACGAGUUCACCUACCAGAUUCUCCAGGCGUAUGACUUCUGGCACUUGUUUAAGCACAAUGGGGUUAACAUUCAAGUGGGAGGUAAUGACCAGUGGGGCAAUAUCACCGCUGGAACCGACUUGAUCUCGAGGUUGCAAAGGGCCUUCAGUAAGAACAAGAAUGAAAAGGAGGUACCGGCGUAUGGGUUGACGGUGCCGCUUUUGACCACUCCAUCUGGGGCCAAGUUCGGCAAAUCUGCUGGUAAUGCCAUAUUCAUCAACGAACAGGCCACCAGCCCCUUCCAAUUAUACCAGUACUUUAUCAACGUUCCUGAUGAAAUGGUUUCGAAGCUUUUGAAAUGCUUCACGCUUCUUCCGUCAUCUACUAUUGAAAACGAAGUAAUUGCCAAACAUGAAGAAGACCGGGCUUUUAGGAUUGCCCAACGAGUUCUUGCCCGUGAGGUCACUGACUUGGUCCACGGAGUAGGAACGGGUGAAGAAAUGGCAUACAUCACCAGUUUCUUGUUCCCAACCCCCGAUCAGCCAUUUGAAGAGGAUAUCUCUGCUGAUAAGUUGUUGAAUGCGUUCAGGAAAUCGGGCAUCCUUGUCAAGUUGAGUAGCAGUGAGUUGGAGUUCGAUGAGUUGCGAUUGAGUACGGUGUUGGCCAAAGCCAUGAACAAGAGUAAGAGCGAAACCCGCAACUUGGUGAAGUCUGGGGCUAUUUACCUUGGAAUUGAGAGAGAACAGUUAGAUGACUCUAACGAUGUGGUUUUGUUCGAUAGGGAAAACCACUUGAUAGAAGAUAAGUUGUUGUUGGUUAGGGUGGGUAAACAAAACUACUAUGUAGUGGAGUUUACCGACUGAUUGUAAAUAGAAGGAUAAAACUUAUUGGUGUAUAUACACUAGAAAUGUACAUAAAAACCUCGAGCUCAUUUCAGUACCGACCAACACCACAGUUGCAUCAUAGAGCUCUAGCCGGUUCAACGAGUCCAACAAUGUUCGCAGAAAAUUGUCUUAAAGUUGUUGUUGUACAAUAAGAAGAAAUUCUGCUUGAUUUGAUUAGCAAUAGACCCAUAGCUUAUGAAGUAGUGAGGUCCAAACUGGAACCUUACAAUUUCUGGCAGAAGGCACCCUUGGUGCAUCAAAUCAUAGGCUAUCUUUAUCCACCGGUACUCUUCUUCUUCUGGAAAGUUGAAGUAGAAGAAAGGAAGCCUUUCUAGGACAAGCUCCACAAACAUUUCCUGGUGUUUGUGGACCUCUAUCUUGGUUUUCAACUGCUGGUGCUUGGUUUUCAACAUGGUAUGGAACUCAACAAGUUCCCUUCCCACAAGCUUUGCACCUACUCCGCAUAAAUGUUAAAAGUCCUGUUCGUAGUUGGUGCGAUGUUUUUUGGGAGUGAAAGCACAGUAAAUUGCCAGAUCAAUGAGGUGUAUUGGAACAACUGGUGAGAUGUGCUACGCGAUUUCCAGAUUUAUAUGCUUUUGGCGAGCAUGCGAGUGACUUUUUUGCAGCCACCACAAAUAGGAAACUUGAGUGAGCAUUCAUUUAUCACUAUAUACAUAAAAGACCCAUGUUCUACUUGUUCACCACGGCCUUCACGGACGAGAUCACUCUACCGAGAACAGCCUUGUUCGCAGCAAUGACACCCUUGGAGUGCAAGUACCUUCCGUUGCCGAAGUUCAACUCUUUACCUUCAAUGUCACACACCCCACCACCACUCUCGGUUAUCAACACAUUCCCAGCCGCAUGGUCCCAGAUCUUCUCACGGUACGUGUCACUGAUGGGGAGUCUCAAGUAGAUGUCAGCCAGACCCUUGGCCAAAACACAGUACUUGGCCUGAGAAUCCAAGUUGAUGGUUUGUGAUUGCACCGUCUCCUCCGAGAAUCCCAAGUGGGCCUUGAUCUGCGACUGGGUCGAGUGCGAUGAGUGACCCUUUUCCACUCCUUCCAACACCACGAGCUUGGAUGGAGAUGUUUCUUGGGUCAUCUUAAUAGGUUCCUGUUUCGCCAAGGGCACAAACUCGUUUGUGUCAAAUAAAGGAGUGUAGUAUGCUCCCAAGCCCUUGACCGCCGAAUACAACCCGCCCUUGGUGCCGGUCAUGUUGGUAUUGGAAACCACCUUUUCAGCGAGGUUAGGACAUCCAAUGACUCCCAACACAACCUGACCGUCCUCUAUCAAUGCAAGGCAAACGGCAAACUGGUCGCCCCGCAAGAAACCUUUGGUGCCAUCAAUAGGGUCUAAGGCCCAGAAUCGGCCCUUGGAACCUCCUUCUGAGUUACCCAAGUCAAUACUGGUGUAGACCGAUUCCAAAUCUUUGAGUUCACCGAUAUCGGACUUCCAGUUCACCGUCUUUUGCUGGACGUCUUCCAAGAUUUCCAAUAUUUUGGAGCUCAAGCGGUUGGCUUCUUCACUGCCAUCUUUAAGAGAGUCCGAGUCUUCCUCGCCGACGAUUUCAUCUUGUGGGAAGUUGAGUUUGAGAGCAUGGUUGAUCAACGCUUGUGAUGCGUAGUCUCCCACCGUCACGGGUGACUUAUCAUCCUUGAUUUGGGACCCCAGCGUCCGGGUGACGGAAAUGGAGUCACCCAAAGACUUGGUGAGAAUAGAUGCUCUUUUAACGGCUAAAGUGGCAAUCUUCAACUCGUGGGCGUACUUGUGGUCGGAUGGAAUGGAGGACAUGUAUCGUGAUAUUUUGGUGGUGUUAUUUUUCCAAAGUGUUCGCAACAGGGGAAUUGUAGUUGAAAAUAUAGAUAUCAAUAUUACAGAAAGGCUUAUAAUCCAGCUGACAGAAUAUUUCAUU